AUGAAAAAUAUAGCAAACUGUGAAACAACUAAGGAUGCAUGGGAUAGACUCCAAGUAAAAAAUGAAGGAACAGACAUUGUGAAAAAGACUAGGCUGAGAAGAUUAAUAACUGACUAUGAAAAUCUUGUUAUGCAUGAUGAUGAAACUAUCGCUGAUUUUCGUGGAAGAUUGUGUGAUGUUACAAAUGAAUGUUUUGCUUUGGGUAAAAUAUAUAUUGAUGCUAAACUUGUCAGGAAAGUGCUAUGCUCUUUACCCAAGAGAUUCAUGUCCAAGGUCACCUCUAUUGAAGAAUGUCAUGACCUCGAUGAGAUGCAGCUGAAUGAAUUGAUUGGAUCCUUGCAAACCUUGGAGCUAAGCCUAAAACGAUGGGAUAAGAAAUCAGGUAAAGGACUUGUGCUGAAACAUGAGGUAAUCUCUAAAUCCCCUGCUUAUGUUGAUUCAAGUAACAUUGAUGAUGAUGAGUAUGCUUUACUUGCUGAAAACUUUGCAAAGUUCUUGAAGAAGAAUAUUAGAAAACCGAGUGAGGGUAAAAAGGGAAAACAACCCUUUGUGAAAAAGUUUUAUGAUCAAACUGGUCAGGGAGGCUUCUUGAAAAAAAAUUUGAGAGAUUAUGAAAAGAAAAGCAAGGGUAUAAAAUGCUUUGAGUGUGAGGGAUAUGGUCAUAUUCAGUCUGAGUGUGCCAACACUCUGAAGAAAAAGGAUAAAGCUAUGGCUGCCACCCUAAGUGAGAGAGAAGAUAGUGAAAAUGGAGGUGAUGACUCUAAUGAAGAUGAAAAUUACUUGGCCUUUGCGGUGAACCAAGAGGAUAGUGAUAGUGUGUCCUCAGAUGGCUCAUGUGAUGUCUGCAAAGAGCAACAUAAGGCUUAUGACAAGAUGUAUGAGUCAUGGUUAAAGGCUAUCAAGAAGAUUAAAUCUCUUGAAUCUGAAAAAUGCAUCUUAAUAGAAGAUAAGAAAAUUUUGAAUGAUAAAUUGAAAGUCUUAUUUCCUGAUUUGUCUAACAAGGAAAUUUCGUUAAAUCAAGCUUUAAAUGAACUAACUGGGGCUAAGGCCGUUGUUGAGAGGUUAAAUGCAGGUUCAUACAAGUUGGAUGAAGUUUUUGCACAAGGGCAAACUUUUGGUAAUAAAGCAGGUCUUGAUUUUUCUUCCAAACCCAAUGUGAUCACCUUCGUUAAAGCAUCUGAAUCAAUUCCAAAAGUUGUUGAUGAAUUGUGUGAGCAGAUUUCAAAGAUGGCAAAAGAGGUAAGAUUCUUGGAAAAAGGUUCUAUUGUCAUUCCUGGCUUCCCAAUGCUAAAUGAUAUGUUUUAUGUUGAAGGACUUAAAGCAAAUCUUAUAAGCAUUAGUCAAAUUUUUGAUAAAGGUUGUAUUGUGAAAUUUUCAAAGAAUAUGUGUCAAGUCUUGAAUGGUGAUGGUACUUCUUUGCUUGAGGGAAAGAGAUCUAAUGAUAAUUGCUAUUUAUUGUCUAACAAAGUUUCUUGUUUAAGCUCCAAAACAGAUUGUGUGGAUUUUCAGCACAAGAAACUUGGGCAUAUGAACUUCAAAGAUCUAGUGAAACUCUCCAAAAAGGAUGUUGUCAAAGGACUACCUAAACUUGAGUUUCCCAAAGGUAAAACGUGUGGCCCAUGCCAACAAGGUAAGCAGACUAAGAGCCCUCAUAAACCUUUAUCUCGGUUAACUACCACUGGUGUGGUAGAACUUCUCCAUAUGGAUCUAAUUGGUCCUAUGCAAACUGAAAGUUUAGAAGGGAAAAAGUUACAGAUGGAACAAAAUUGCCAAGUGAAGAAAGUGGUAAGAAUAAGGAGUGAUCAUGGUAGAGAGUUUGAAAAUUCUGAUUUUUCUAACUUCUAUGAUAUACAGGGUAUUUGGCAUGAAUUUUUUGCCCCAAUGACACCUCAACAAAAUGGUGUAGUGGAGAGGAAGAAUAGAGUUCUUCAAGAGAUGGCAAGGAUUAUGUUAAAUGACAAGAAGUUGCCAACAAGACUAUGGACCGAGGCAAUUAACACUGCAUGUCACAUUUCAAACCGAGUGUUCUUAAGAAAAGGUACAUCACAAACUCCAUAUGAGUUGUGGAAAGGUAAAAAGCCAAAUCUUUCAUAUUUCCAUGUCUUUGGGUGCAAGUGCUAUGUCUUGAAUGAUAGAGAUCAUUUAGGAAAAUUUGAUGCAAAGAGUGAUGAAGGUGUGUUCCUCGGAUACUCUUUAAAUAGUAGAGCCUAUAGGAUCUUUAACAUGAGAAUUGAACGUAUUAUUGAGUCAUUUAAUGUGGUUUUCUCUGAUUCAGAAGAUUACUCAUAG